CGCCGAAGUCAACAAGCAAGACGUCCCACACAAGAGGAAAUUCUUCAUUUUGACGGACUUUUGGUAGUGAACUGAAUGAAGAUGGAGCAGAGACAAGAAAACACAGAAAAAACAUGUCCCAUAGAACCUGAAAAGGAUGCUAAAGUUCACAGGAAAGCCAAAACGAGAAUCCGUCCAAACAUGCAAUUUUUAUGUCGUGAAGAAGAAAAGAUAUUGCCGCAUGUUAGUAAGACCAGGCCUGAAUUACUGCGGUCAACAUCUUGUUGAAGAACCUGAUGCAGACAAAUCCUACCAGCGGAAGAGAAUACCCUGUCCACUUGACCCAAAGCACUCUUGCUUUGAAGACAAUGUAGACCAUCAUAUACUAAAAUGCAAUGCAAGAGAGAUGACAGACCUUCCAUACAUGAAGCGCAACAUAAACCAAAGAGCUGACCUAGAGGAAGAGCCAACGAAAACUCCAUUAUCAGCCCUCUCAGACCAAGAAUUGCUGGCUUUCAUAGCUAAGGUGGAAAAAGUUCAUCAAGAUCAUGUUGGAACAAUAGAAGAAUCAGUAUUAAACCAUAGUGCACUGGAUGAGGAGAUGAAGACACCAGGGUAUGGUUUGAGUGUGAUCAGACACCUAGGCCAGAACUCAUCGUUGCUUGGACACCUGGAGCAAUGUGGUCUGCUAGAUACGAAGUCCAAACCCACUUGCUAUGUUGAAUUUGGUGCUGGUAGAGGGCAACUUACCCACUGGUUGACUGAAGCUGUAACUGACACCAAAAAGGCCCUGUUUGUGCUCGUGGACAGAGGGAGUCAGAGAUACAAAUUUGAUGCUAAACUGAAGUAUAGAGAGGAAUUAUCACUGUGUCGGAUCAGGGUUGACAUACAGCAUCUUGAUCUUAGUAACAUCGAAGGAAUAGAAUCCUACAGUCACAUUGUUGGUGUUGGCAAGCACUUGUGUGGAGGUGCAACUGACCUGACAUUAUACUGUCUGUCAAAGUUGAGUGACCCAGCUGUUUCUGGUUUGGCUCUUGCUCUGUGUUGCCAUCACCGCUGUACCUGGACAUCAUAUGUAGGCAUUAACUUCUUCCAGGAAUGUGGCUUCCACCCUGAAGAGUUCUACACCUUAACAUCCCUCACAAGUUGGGCAACCUGUAACUCACGCGAUGUUGAAAGUAGAGAAGAGAAGCAAGUCACUGGUGAGGAAGAAAAUGAUUUGUCCAUUGCUGAUAAGGAAGGCAACCCCAAAGACAAACAUACAGUGGAGAACCGCUACACCAGACUGAGCCUAUCAGCCCAAUAUAGAGAGGAAGUUGGGAGGAAAGCUAAACAGAUACUUGAUUAUGGUCGUGUCAAAUUCUUACAAAACUGUGGAUUUAGGAGCCGAUUAGUCCAAUAUGUUACAAAAGACAUGACUUUAGAAAACAUUGCUCUGAUAGCAGAUGCUUAAAGUUUUAAUAGGAAAUUAUUGCAAGGGAUUCAGUGUACACUGUUGCUUGGUUUUUAAAUAUUGAGGUAUGUUAACUAAUGCUUUAAUGCCUUUUUUAUUAUUAUUGUUAUUUAAUGCAUUUAAUUUGACAUGUAAUUUUUUACUUUUAAUGAAUAAAAGCCUAGCUUAGAUCUUUAUUGAGAGUUUAUAAAUGUCAAUAUAGAUAUUGUCAGGAAUUUAUUUUAUUUAUUAUUUUUCUCAUGUUAUAGUGGCUUUAUGUAUUAUAUCACCGUAAGUCAAAAAUGUUAUUGGCUAUUGCUUCAUCUGCCUCAUGAUUUACCAGAUUAAAAAAAAUAUAUAUAUAUAUAU